AGUUCAAUUGGGAUAACGUAUAUCGUUGCAGACAUUUCUUUCUGCUGUUUUUCGCAGAACGUCCAUGAGUUGUUUGAAGCUCGUUCGCAAGUUGAUCCGUCUGCAAAGCGCCAAGGCCAAGUCGACUCACACAGGAUUUCGGAGCGUUUGGAAAUAGAGAAGGAAAAUAAAAUGGAUUUGAAGAGAGCUGUCUUGAUAGCAGAGACUACUCUUCUACUGCUACUCUUAAGAGAAGCUCGUGUGGAUUGUUCAGCUUUUGAGAAUGCCUCAGAAUCCUCGUUCUCGAUAGCUACAUUGAAUAACAUAAUCAAAAAUUACGAUCGAAAAAUUCGACCAAAUACUUUUGGUCCUCCAACAAAAGUUCAAGUUGAGAUGAAGAUUGUCACAUUUGGUCCGAUUGACGAAUCGAAGCAGGAAUACACUCUCGAUAUAUUCUUUCGUCAAUGGUGGAACGAUCCUUCCUUGGCUGGGGCUGUAAACCGAACCGUGACAAUGGCUCUAAACCCAGCGUCCUUGUUUUGGAUCCCAGAUACCUACUUCGUGAAUGCAAAGGAGCCAAAGUUCCAAUAUGUGACGAAAGAGGCCAUGAGGGUUCUUGUAAAGCCAAAUGGAGACAUAUACUACAGCUCAAGGAUAAUGCUUGUGGCCACGUGUCCAAUGGACUUUUCUUUAUAUCCAUUUGAUAAACAGACCUGUCCUCUGGUCGUGGAAAGUUAUUCCUACACAACUGAAGAUGUUUUUUAUUCUUGGUACGAGUCAGUCGGAAAGUUACGCAAGACAAAAGGCGUUGAAUGGAUUGCCUCUGAAGGGAACGUCUUUACACUUGUCGACGUUUCAUCAGUGCAAAAAGAAAUCAGUAAUAACAGCAAAGGUGCAUUUUCAAGCCUGAAAGUGAAUUUCCAUCUGGUACGCCGCAAUGGGUUCUACUUCUGGAACACAUUCCUCCCAGGGGCAAUCCUCGUUGUAAUGACUUGGGUCAAUUUUUGGAUUCCUCCGUGGGCCUAUCCUGCUCGCGUCACUGUUUGUGUUACCAGCUUCUUAUCGACGCUUUUCGUCAUGUCUGCAGCAAGCAGUAAUCUUGGGCGUGUUUCAUACGUCAAGGCCUUGGACCAGUUUUUGCUGGGCAACGUCGUAUUUGUGUUAUUAAAUUUGCUGCAGUAUUGCCUGGUUCUUCAUUCUUGGUUUGACAUCAACCUCAGCUGCUGUAAGAAAUUCAAAACAAAGAAAAAGAGCCAAGAUCGAGAUUCGUCCUUGGGUCAAAUCAACGAACUCUGCGAGCUUGAAAAGGGCGAAAAUGGUGGUAUGGCAAAUGCAAAAGAACGCUCCAGAACAAACAGCUUUGCCGGAAUUUCUCGGAAAUCAUCCAGUGUUAAUGGAUUGUCCAAGGAAAGAAGCUUUACAAGCUUAACAGACCAUACAUUUGCAAAUAAUGCCAGAAAUGGCAAUGGAACUCAAGCAAGAAACCGGAAGAAUUCCACAAUUUUAGCCAUGAAGCAAUUCCAGGAAAAAUAUGACCUGUCUCCGGAGGAUUCGAAGAAGGCCCAUCCCCUCGAUUACAUUAGCCGCUUUGUGUUUCCGCUGAGCUACGUGUGUUUUGUGCUUGGUUACAGCUUUUAUUAUAAACUGCUAUAGCAAACAAUGCAGAUUACCAAACUUAUAAGACGGGGACGCACAAAUUCCAGACACAACCUAUUCGGAAAAAAUCGCAACCGCAAAAAAUCGCAACCGCAAGCGAAUCGGGUAAUCGGAUAAAGAGAGAGGCGAAACCGUAAGCGGAGGAAGCGCCAACCGCAUACAGAGGAAGAAUCUGCACGACUGUAGUAGAACUACAUGUAACGAUUAAUGUUGAUAGUAGGCAAUUCAAUACCCUAUCAUGGGUCAGGAAUGUAAAGGGGUUUGUUUUUAUCUAAUUGUUGACAAGAUAAUUACAAAAUAAAAUUUGAUAAGAACCUUGCUGUUUCCAAUUCACAGUGUCAUAUCUCAAUGGCUGUAGAUGUUGAAGAAGUCGGUGGUUACGAUACCUAGAAAUAAUUUCAUUCACUCAUUCAUUCAUUCAUUCAUUCAUUCAUUCAUUCAUUCAUUCAUUCAUUCAUUCAUUCAUUCAUUCAUUCAUUCAUUCAUUCAUUCAUUCAUUCAUUCAUUCAUUCAUUCAUUCAUUCAUUCAAUCAUUCAUUCAUUCAUUCAUUCAUUCAUUCAUCCAUUCAUUCAUUCAUUCAUUCAUUCAUUCAUUCAUUCAUUCAUUCAUUCAUUCAUUCAUUCAUUCAUUGCGCUAUUGAGCUGAACAAAGGCUAGAGUUUGAACAAGGCAUCGUAAAAACAGGAUUAUUGGUUUUCUCAUUGCCAGUAUCAUGUCAACCAAUGAUUUAAUUUUCAAAACAAAUGUUGAAUUUUUUAUUCAUUAACUUUGGCCUACAUUCAUUCAAAAAGGGGAAAUAUAUCUUCAAAAAUGCCAAUUAUUUAGGGUUUGCAGCAUAGGUUUGCCAAUUGGUUACCAGGGACUCUAUUUUUCUAUACUUCACUUGUUAACUUGGAUAAAACGUUUUUGGUAGUGAAUAGUAGGAAAUGUUUCAUUGGAAUUGAUCCAUUUUCAUUUAAAACCUUUUCAUUUAGGGCGUGGUCAAAAUUCAGGUUGUUAUGGGCGUGGAUAGACUCUGAAGACUAUCAGCAGCUUUUUGCCUCGUUUUGGGGAAUCGCGUCCUUAUUACUUAGGGCCUCAUAAAGCUUUAAGGGGGUCUUCUUUGCAUGAAAGGGGGAGGGAAAGUUCUUGGCAAAAUUUUGGGUAGGGGGUCUGUCGCGAGCAUAUUCAAAGAAGAAACUUGUUUUGGCAAAUAUUUUGAGUUAGGGCAUGUUUCUUAAGGUGGAGACAGUGGGCGCUUAGUUAAGAGUGAGCACUUUUUUAAGCCAGGCAAUUUUUAAAACUCUCCUGAUACAGUGGCAGCCUAUUUGAGGGGGAGGAAGGAGGGGGCAUAUUUGAGGAGUUAUAGUAUAUAUACUGUAUAUAAAUCAAUCGUAAACCACACCAUUGUCAGCAAGGAAACAAAAAAUGUUUGAAAUAUAGAAAUACAAAACUCAGUAACCAACUGAUAGCUUAUUUGUUACGAAAAGCAAGGUCCUGGCAAGUAACAGUCUUUGAGUUUUUUAUGAGUUCUUUUGAUGGUUCUAAUUGAUAGCAAGCUAUUUUAUCUUGUCUAAAAAUGUUUAUUUUGGUAACAAGCAAACCUGAUGUCAAGGACAAACAAGCAAAGGUUGUUUCUGAUGCCUAUCUUGUUUUCACAGACAAUGACAUAAAUGAGCAUGACUUCUCUUGACAUCUUUUCCUAAAUUGUAUCUUGAAUCAGUAAAAAUCUUCCUUACAGUACUGAAAACCCCUUCAUAAAAGAAAUUACUGUCAGGAAUAAGUAGUAAAAACCUAGAACAUUUUGAUAGGUU